AUGAAGUACAUCACCAUCAUCGCCGCUCUCAGCAGUCUUGUUUCUGCUGGGAGAAUGGAGGCCAGGGUACCUCAAGAUCCUGCAGAAGCAUCUGCCGUGCCGGCUGCACCAACUCCAGAAGUCAACCAGGCUACUAUGAGGGAGAUUAUGAACAUUAAUAAGGAAUUUGCGCUUAGAAUGUGCUUUCAAUUGGUCCAGAUCAUAAACAACACCGCCUUUCGCUAUCCGGAGGAUUACACAUCAGCAAAUGCAAUGUCGGAUUAUUGUCGUGAGAAGAGCAACAUGAUUUAUUGGCAACUCAAGGACGAACAAAAGGCCAGGAAUGGCGACGUUUACUAA